GGAGUGAACAGUGUUAGGCUGGCAGCGGCCAGAGUCAUCUUUGCCUGCCCGACCUCUCAGCCCUACCUCGCUGCCCAACCAUGAGCCUGGGUGGGCCCGCUACAGGCUCCGGAGCAUGUGAGUGCCAACGUGGAGACAGCCAACAUGCCAUUCUGUAUUCCUUGCUGAGCCGGUCCCGGGGCCCAUCACCUCAUGCCCACUGCCUCUGUGCCCGGCACCGCACCGUCUGCCUGCGAGCUCCCCAGCACACCUGCCUGGCAGCAGCAGGCGUGCUGGCUAAGACAGUAGCUUUCCUGCAGAACCUGCCCUCGUUUGGCUUGCUGCCCCCAGGGGACCAGAGGUUGCUGCUGGCCAACUGCUGGGCCCCCCUCUUCCUCCUGGGGCUGGCCCAGGAUGCGGUGAAUAUCGAGGUGACUGAGAUGCCAGCCCCCAGUAUGCUCAAGAAGAUUCUGCUGGAGGAGAGGAGCCCAGAACCCCAAACACCCCAGCCCACACUUGCAGGGGUACAUCGACUCCAAUGCUGCCUACAUACCUUCUGGAGUCUGGACCUGAGCCCCAAGGAGUAUGCCUACCUAAAAGGAGCUAUCCUCUUUAAUCCUGACACACCCGGCCUCCAGACUGCUUCCUACGUGGAGAGCUUGCAUCACGAGGCGCAGCAGGUCCUUCGGGAGGCUUUGGCACUCCAUCACCCUGUGGACAGGGGCUGCUUUGCACGCAUCCUCCUUGUGGCCAACACCCUUAAGUCCAUCCCUCCUGCUCUGCUCAGCUCCCUCUUUUUCCAUCCAAUGUUUGGGGAUGCUGACAUCACCAGCCUCAUUGUGGACAUGCUAUUCUUGACUUAACCUAGGGGAUGGUGCUCCUUCCCACUUUCAAAUGCAUUCAAGACCCAAAGGCACCUCACCCAGGCUUGAGACAAUACAGAGACUCCGUUAGACUUGUAAGAGAGCUUGUUCGGAGGGCUGUGCCUCUCUGGAUGGGAUCUGGACUGCCUCAGGGCAGGGACUCACCCAUUAUGCCCAGCCCUAAGCAUUCUCCAGAUCUAGGCUCUGUAUCCCACCUUAAUAGGUGCCAAAGCUAGUCAAGUUGGGGUGGGGUGGAGAUGCUUACUAGCUCAGCUCUGAUGCUGGGCUUUCAUAGACUCCCAACUGGAAAGGACCCCUGAGGACAUCCAGUCUAAGAUAGGAAUAGGAAUUCCCUCUGCAUCAUACUUGACUCAUAAGCUUAAAAAUUUCUAGAGAUGAAGGAAUUCAUAUCUUCCAAUCUACUGGUUUUGAGGGCUUGGGAAUCAGUCAAUGGGAAAACAAGGGGGAGGGAGUGGUCUAGAUUUUAUCAAAUUCAUCAAACACUUAUUAAGUACCUACUGUGUGCCAGACACUAUAUUAAGUGCUGAAGAUACAAAAACAAAAAGGAAAUACAUCCUUUGUCCCUCAUGUGGAAUACCCAUGUGCUGACAGCAUUCCACACCUUAGAAAUUCCACUCCCCUUUUCUCUUUACAUCUUCUUACCUCUAUAAUCUAGGGGUUUUUAACCUUGUUUGUGUCAUGAACUACACUGGCAAUGUAGUGUAGCAUAUGGACCCUUUCUCAGAAUCAGGGUUUUUUUAAUUCACAAUUGGAAGAAAUGUUAAAUUUCAGUUAGAGGUUAGUGAACAUAAAGACGAGAUUUUUUUUCUCAUCCACAAUCAUGGGCCUCCUGAGGUCCAACCUACAAGGGGAUCCACGGACUUCAAGUUAAAGAUCCCUGCUCUAAAUCUCUCCUAGGAUUGGCCAGUUAUGGCCAGGUCUGUGCAACGUUCUCCAAAAAAUGGACAAAAAUUCAAAACAACUCACUUUUACCAAGAGUCCUCCCACCCCCAAUGAUGUCCCUGGAAAGUUUACUAGUCCAAUACUGAUGCUUAGACUUUUUGGGGUCCCUGGCUCCCCACUGUCUCGGGGGAGGGUGUUUCAGUUUCUCUGAGCCAUCUCCCCAGCUUCUUCCUAAAGACACCAAAGGGAAAGGAAGUAUCUUUCCAUUUUGAGCCUGGAGGGUUGGUCAAGGUCUCCCUUCCCAACAUGACUGUGAACCUGGGCUGUUCAUAAGCCAAGGCACCCUGAAACUUGUA